GUUUAGACUGGCAAGCACUAGUUGUUACAGUUUAAUUUUCUUUAUUUUUUUUACAGUUGGUAUAAAGUGAAUAGGUAGCAUAUGGUGUAGUAGUGUCAUGUGGUUUGUUGUUCGAAUCUCUGGUUUCCAAAUAGACAAAAGAGUUUUGUUUCCUCUAGAAACUGGAAAGUGGAAAGUUGGGUAAAUUUUGUGUUUACUGUUAAACAGUUGAGUAUCUCUUGAGUUGUAGUGAGGAAAAAAUGGCAGGUGGAGGAGCAGCUCCAGCAGCAAAAUCGGAUGACCCAGCGCCACAUCCAACAAAAGAUCAGCUUCCUAAUGUUUCCUAUUGUAUUACUAGUCCUCCCCCAUGGCCUGAGGCUAUCCUUCUUGGAUUUCAACAUUAUCUUGUUAUGCUUGGUACAACAGUUAUCAUUCCUACCGCGUUGGUUCCCCAAAUGGGAGGUGGAAAUGAGGAAAAAGCAAAAGUUAUUCAGACAGUGCUAUUUGUUUCUGGUUUGAACACCUUGUUGCAGACUUCCUUUGGGACUAGGCUGCCCGCUGUGAUUGGCGGGUCCUAUACCUUUGUUGCACCUACAAUUUCAAUAAUCCUUUCUGGUCGAUGGGAAGACCCAGACCCUGUCUCGAGAUUCAAGAAGAUAAUGCGAGCCACCCAAGGUGCACUUAUUGUUGCUUCAACACUUCAGAUUGUCCUGGGUUUCAGUGGUCUCUGGCGCAACGUUGUAAGGUUUCUGACCCCACUUUCAGCUGUUCCGUUGGUGUCUCUUGUCGGCUUUGGGCUUUAUGAGUUUGGUUUUCCUGGGGUUGCCAAAUGUGUUGAAGUUGGGUUGCCGCAGUUGGUCCUCUUGGUCAUCUUUUCUCAGUAUUUGGCCCAUCUGAUACGCCCAGGGAAGCAUAUCUUUGAUCGCUUUGCUGUUCUUUUCACUGUGGCAAUCGUAUGGAUUUAUGCAUACAUUCUUACUCUGGCUGGGGCUUAUAAUGGGAAGCCACAAAGGACCCAGAUAAGCUGCAGAACUGAUCGGGCUGGACUUAUUGGUGCUGCUCCCUGGAUUAGAGUUCCAUAUCCUUUUCAAUGGGGAGCACCUUCAUUUGAUGCUGGUGAAGCAUUUGCUAUGAUGAUGGCUACAUUUGUUGCUCUCGUAGAGUCUACUGGUGCUUUUAUUGCAGUUGCAAGAUAUGCAAGUGCCACUCCCAUGCCACCAUCCAUACUCAGCCGGGGCGUAGGUUGGCAGGGAAUUGGCAUUUUACUAUCGGGUUUGUUCGGCACCGGGAAUGGAUCUUCUGUAUCUGUUGAAAAUGCUGGUCUUUUAGCACUAACACGUGUUGGCAGCCGAAGAGUUGUUCAGAUAUCAGCAGGGUUUAUGAUUUUCUUUUCAAUCCUUGGAAAAUUUGGUGCCGUCUUUGCUUCAAUUCCAGCACCCAUUGUAGGCGCUCUGUAUUGCCUAUUCUUUGCUUAUGUAGGGGUUGGAGGCUUAAGCUUUCUUCAGUUCUGCAAUCUUAAUAGUUUCCGUAACAAGUUUAUAUUAGGUUUUUCUAUCUUUUUGGGUUUAUCAGUACCACAGUACUUCAAUGAAUACACUGUGAUUGCUGGUUACGGACCUGUUCACACACAUGGACGAUGGUUCAACGACAUGGUGAACGUUCCCUUCUCAUCAGAAGCUUUUGUUGCUGGCAUCUUGGCUUAUUUCCUGGACAACACAAUGCAUAAAAAGGAGAGUUCGACAAAGAAAGACAGAGGCAAGCCGUGGUGGAACAAGUUCCGGUCCUUCAAGAGUGACACAAGAAGUGAGGAAUUCUACUCUCUUCCGUUCAAUCUCAACAAGUAUUUCCCGUCAGUAUGAGAUCAUAUUGAGGAACAAAACAAAUGGGUUCAUACACGAUAACACGGGAGUGAGUCCCUUGUCAAUGAAUUAUUCAUUGGGGCCUCACUGCUGCUACACAUUUUCUUUUAUAUGUAUGCAAAAAAAGGGAAAGUAUAACUAGUCUGACCAUUUUGAAGUUACUUAGUGAAUUUGUUUACUGUUAUUUUUCUGUUGUAAAUUGAUGGAUAUGUGGAUUUAAGUAGCAAUAUAGCAAGUUUGAUGGUUUCUAG